UAUAUUCAUUGACCCUGUUUAUGAAUUCUUUCGUUUACAUUAAAAAAAAGAACAAACAAUGUGCAUUAUUUGAAAUGGUUAAUUCAAGCUAUACAAAUGAAUGACAUAGUGAAAUAUAUGCCUUUUAUUAUUUAUUUUUUUUGUUUGUUGUUAUGUAUUUGAAUGCAUUUACAUAUUUGUUUAGUUGUAUUCAUAUAAUUGUAUAUAUUUUUGUGAUAAUUAGAUAUGUCUGUGCAUAUAUAUUUCAAUAUGGACAAUAAGAUUUUUAAUAUAGAUGUAUCUAUACAAUUAGUAUCCAUAUAAGUAAUUCAUGUUUGUACAGACAUGUUAAAAUAUAAAUUAUCUUUACUCUGUACUGUACUGUUCUGUUUUUUUUUUAAAAUUUUUAAAAGGAUUGUUAUUUUACAAGGCUGAUCAGUAUUAUAAUUCACUAAUGAAUUCAGUCAAAUAAAUGUAGACUAAUUCAAUUUUUAUAUUUACUUACUAGUUUAUAAUAAAUAUAUAUUCAUUUAGUAUUAAUAUACUAAUACAAUCAAAGGACAAGUUCUUUGUUAUUUUACUCUUUAUGAAUAUGAUAAAACAAAAUGUACUGAUCUGUUAUAAAGUUCAAUGAUUACAAUCAGAUGAUCAUCCAUAAUAAAAAUAAUAAUAAUAAUAAUGAACAUUGAGAUUAAUCCAUUCAUCAUUACUAUUUCAAUUCUUACGUUAUUCAAUGGAUUAUAUUUGUGUAAUGAAUGGAAACAUGCAAAUAAUCGGGGUCUUUUUGUGUAAACUACAUGUUCUGAGAUAUGACUGGGGGUCUCACGGGGAGACUCUCCUAUAUGAACGCACCACAAUCGAUACAACCUGAUCUGUGGAAACAAUUCCAUGUAUAUAUAAACUGGAUCUUCUAUUCUAAAUAAAGUGUUUCUUAUAGUGUUGCUCCUCUUGUAGAAAGCUUUAAUUUCAAUUAUCUAGGCCGUAUAAUCCUUGUCAACCAAAUCCAUGUCAAAACAGCGCUAAAUGUGUAAAUAUUCAAGAUUGGAGUAGAACGACCUCAUUAAAGAAAUUCAAGACUUUGUCAGAUUAUUACUGUGUAUGUCUGAAAGGAUGGACUGGACAAAACUGUACGGAAGAUAUUGAUGAUUGUGUAAUUCGUCCUUGUUUAAAUGGUGGUAUUUGUGAAAAUAAACCAAAUAUGAGAUUUUUUUGUCAUUGUCCAACAGGAUAUGUUGGUCAGAUUUGUGAAUAUAGAGAUCCAUGUCAACUUAACCCUUGUUUAAAUGGUGGAACUUGUCAGUCUGAUCCAUUUGGUCAAUUUACUUGCAUAUGUCCUCAAUGGUACCACGGAGUACGUUGUGAACAGGAAAUUAACCCAUGCUAUCCUACAUCUCCGUGUUUGGGGGAGAAAUCAGUUUGUCAUUUAUUGACUUCAAAGAAUAGAACAGUUUCAGGACCAUCGUUUUCUAUUCACAAGUCAGAGUAUAUUGUAGAUUUUCUAUGCGAAUGUGACCUUGAUUAUUUUGGUCGUUAUUGUGAUAAGAAGCGUAAUUCAUGCAAGUUUCAUAAUUGUAAAAAUGGUGCAACUUGUUUACAAAAUAAUGAUCAUUUUGUUUGUCUAUGUCCUGUAGGAUUUACAGGAUCAAUCUGUAAUACCGCUACAAAUAUAACUAAUUAUAUUUAUUCUAAUAUAAAUACUUUAAUUCAUAAUCAAUCAAUGAAUAUAAAUAGAUUCAAUAAGAAUAUAACAAAUAAUGUAGAAUUAUUAAAUGAUUAUUGUUAUCGAAUUGGAUGUGAUAAAGCAAAAAUUGGUGAUAAUAUAUGUCAAGCAAAUUGUAUCUAUGCAAAUUGUAUAAAUAUAAAAGAUGAAUUAGAAAAUGAUUGUCAAUAUUGGAUGAAUUGUUUACAAACAACUCAAUAUAUUAAAAAUGAUAAUGAUAAUGAUUAUAAUCAAACAACAUGUGUUGAACAAUUUCAAAAUGGUAAAUGUCAAUCUGAAUGUAAUAGAAAUGAAUGUUAUUUAGAUGGUUUUGAUUGUUAUGAAAAUAUAUCGCAGUGUGUGCCAUUUGAAUUCUGCUUACAGUCAUAUGGAGAUGGUGUUUGUCAAUCCCAAUGUGAUACCAUUCAAUGUGGCUAUGAUGGAGGAGAUUGUAAAAAUGAACAAAGAAACAAUUAUUUAUCAAUCAAGUACAUUUUACUUCAUCUGAAAACAAAUCAAUCAAAAUUCAAGUUAAAUCGUAAUCAGUAUCUGGGAAAUCUAGGUAUAAUUCUUCGGUCGAUUGUUAAGAUUGCAAAGGAUGACAUCACUCAAGAACUUUUAUUAGAAGAUGUUCCUAGUAAAAACCAAAUUAAAGUGCUUCUUGAAGUCAUCAGUCAAUCAAAUAUUAACUGCAAAACAACUGAGGGAAAUAUGUGCACGAACGAUGGUGUUCAAUUACUUCAACCAAAUGAACUUAAAGCUUAUAUUCUUGCCGCAUUAAGUACAAAUCAGUACAAAUCACUUUUUAGUAUAAUCAACUUACAUUUUGUUGAUUCACCAAGUCACUCACAUUUUAAAGCACCAUGGGAAUUAGAAUUUUCAACUGAUACAAGAAUUUCAAAAGAAGCUAUUGGAUUAUACGUUUGUAUAUGCAUUUUAGCUGGAAUAAUUAUUAUAUUAAUUUUAUUCUUGGUAUUUCAACAUGAUAAUAACUGGCGAAAACCAUUGAAACGUGUGAAAACGAAAGGUAUUUGGUGUCCACCUGUAUCAUCGAUUUAUUCUAAACCUAAUCAAAUUGAUUUAUUAGGACAACAAUCUACGGUUUAUUUCACAGGAUUUAAAUCAGUUGUAGGAGUUACAGAACCACCUCUAACAACAAUGACAAUAAAUGAAUCAAAAUAUUUUGACAAUAAAUUUAAACAAACUUCAUCAGCUUCAUCAUUUUUUCAAGAUUACUUAAAUUCUUCAACUGCUAAUGAGAAGGAUACAUUCCCUUUGUCAAAUGUCCCAAAGUACAAUCAUGAAGAAAUGAUUGCUGGAUUCCUCUCAGAUAAAAUUCCUGGAACAGAUAUUUCAUUGAGUGAUGACUAUUCACCAAAUUGUAAAAAGAAACGUCUUACUCAAGACAAAAUGAUAUCAGGUAUACUACCUAAUAGUGAAAAUUUGUUUACUACUCCCAAAUAUUUGGGAAAUUUAUUCAGUGAAGAUACAGGAAACUUUCAUCCCUUCGGAGAAGAGGAAAAGCACAAACAGGGCAAACGUAAAUUUGAUUUGAAAGACAAAUAUGAAUCUUUUUUACCUCAGGAAAAUUUAAAAACCACGAUUAACGAAAGUUUAAAUUUAGAUAGUAUUUAUAGCAAGAAAGAGAAGAUCAAGACCAUGGGAUCUGAUAACAAAGAAGUGUUUAAAAUAAUUUCAUCAUUAGAUGGUCUACACCCAUGUGAUGUCACUCAGAGAAGUCAAAUCGAACAAGUUUUAGAUGAUAAUAAUAAUUAUCAAAAUAAAGGUGUAGAAAUGUCAUCAAACAAUCUUGAUACUGGAGAUUAUUUGGAUGAUGAUCUAUCAAAGAACGUUGUUAGUAAUCAAAGUCUACUACAUUUAGCAGCUCAUAUGAAUGUAGGACAUGACCUAAUUAAUAAGAUCUAUCAUAAUGAACAUAAUCAAAGACCUCUUGGUACUUUAUAUGUUGAUUCAUUUGGUAGAACAGCUUUGACUGGCGCGGCUGCUGCUAAUUCUUUAGAAUCGGUCAAGUCGUUAUACCAGCUUGAAAAGGAGGCUCUACUCAAUAAAAAAUCAGUAAAGUCUGUCAAAUCACAUCAAAUUACUACACCGAAACCAACGUGUCGUUCAAGAAGGCGUUACCAAGUUUACGAAUCUCGGCAGUGUUCACCUAUAAUUGUUGCUAUUCAAGCAGGGAAUGAUGAAGUAGUGAAGUGUCUAUUAGACGAAGGUUGUCCUUAUAACACAGUUGAUCAGUAUGGUCGUAACGUUGUACAUUGGGCGGCCGUAACUAAUUCUGUCAAAAUAUUAGCUUAUUUAGCACAGUGUAAAGGUUUUGCUAGAUUAAUGAAUAUGAAAGACGACUGGGAUAGAACACCUAUCAUGUUAGCUAUACGUGAAGGUUGUCAAGAAGCUGUUGAGUUCCUACUAGACAAACAAGCCAAAGUUGAAAUCAUUGACUGUAUGGAAAAUGAUUGUUUAUCAUUAUGUAAAGAGAAAGGUUAUAAAAGAAUACAUGAAAUACUUACAAAUUAUAUCAGGUCAAGAAACUCAGAUACGAAGUCGCUAACACAUGAUACAAAAGUGAAUAUUUUUAAAGAGAAUCCAGACGUAAGUAAACAAGAACUAGUACUGUCACCGAUGUUACAAUCAACACCAUCUAUGGCACCGGUUACGACAGUGAUGACAACUACACCAGUACGACAUUCAGCAGAGAACAUUUCUCGUAUGAAUGAAUUUGACUGGAUAAGUUUAAGCGAUGAUCGAGUUUCAGAAGACUAUAGUGAUUGUGACCAAUUCACAGAAGAUAUGGCUGAAGAUUUUAAUUGAUGUGAAAGUGGUCACUACUGCUGUAUAAUAUUUACCUUAUUCCACACAUUUCUAAUCAUAUGUUACAUACAUCGUACUUAUCUUAACAGAAAUAAAGAAAAAAAAGGAUGUUGAUUGUAAUUAAUUGUAGAUUUAUUGUGUUUGUUCAGCUAUGUAUGUAUAAAACUGUAUUUAGGGGUUAAUGUAUUAAAUAACGUGAAAUUAUUAUAUUAUUAUGAACUGUUUAUAUACUUAUUUCUUACCAACCAACUAAGUUGAAAUAGCUUUCCUUGUACAAUACAUUUAUUUUUUAUGAAUAAAUCACAUUUAAUAUCUUCUAUUA